UUUGCCGUCUGCAAUCUGCAUAGCAUAGGGACUUUUACACCGAAAUUCGCAGAACUAUAUAUCCAAAAUAAGAAACUCGGCGACAGCAUAAUAGUAAACCUGCAAUGAUGUGCGUGAACUGUGUGUAUCGUUGAAGUACCUCUGAUGUUUAAUUGAUUCUUGAUUUCUUCGCCGUCUGUGAGUUUUCCAAUACUGAACUCAGAAGUGAAACUUUUUUUCUUGAUUCAUUUUUGGUUUUUUAUUGAUUUGCUUCCUGAGCUCCGAUGAUCUUUUAUUUAAAUCCCUAGCAGCCUUGAGGAUAUGAAUUGAGAUCCAUGUUAAAUUCCUUGACCUUUCCAAUCCGCUGUUGAAUUUCUGUUUGAUUGCAUCAACUUUCAGAAUUCAAAACUUUCAAUUUUGAGAAUUGGUUUCUGAUGGUCUGAUUGAGAGUGAACCAAAAAAAAGGUGAUGCCAAUUUGUUGUAAUUUUGGCUAGAGAGGUAUUGAAGGUCGAAGGUUGAUGAAAAUUGAUUGGGGAUUUUUUUGAUACAUUAGUUUUAGCUUACUUCAGACUAAUCUUAAGCCCCUAGAACCCUGCUCAAGAGUGGAUUAGAUUAAUUGGGAGUUGCCCUGUCAGUCCUCAGGUUCUAUACACUCUGCGCACAAGGGGUCUUAUUGAUAUAGAAUAAGGGGGAGAGAAUGAGUAAUGGGAAGAAAGAGGGGUCCGAGUAUAGAUUAUCAGUCCCAAGGGACUCCCCAAUCAGCAUGUUGACAGUGAUUUCAACUUUGGUUGUAUUUGUAGUUGGAGUGGUGAUUGGGCUGGCCUCUAGCACACACAUUGGUAGGUACUUGAGCUACCAAGCGCAGCAAAAUAUCAGGAAAAAUGCGUUGGAUGAUACGGUUGUGAGGUGCUUAUGUGAGGAUUGUUUGAGCAUGGAGAGUUUUCAGAGGCCGAGGAAUUUGAUUCAUGGGAUGAGUGAUGAGGAGUUGUUUUGGAGGGCGUCGUUGGUUCCUACCAAGGAAGAGUUUCCAUUUGAGAGAGUACCCAAAGUGGCCUUCAUGUUCUUGACUAGGGGAGAACUGCCCAUGAUGCCAUUGUGGGAAAGGUUCUUUAAUGGGCAGGACAAGAACAAAUACUCAAUCUAUGUGCAUGCCCUUCCAGGAUAUGUGCUCAGUGUGGCCAAUACAUCUGUUUUUUACAAACGCCAGAUUAAAAGUCAGAAUGUUGAAUGGGGAUCAGUAUCGCUGGUUGAUGCAGAGAGGCGGCUUUUGGCCAACGCCCUACUAGACUUCUCAAACGAACGAUUUGUUCUUCUGUCUGAGAGCUGUAUCCCGGUUUACGAUUUCCCUACAGUCUACAAAUAUCUCACUGAAUCAACCCACAGCUUCGUCGAAUCAUAUGAUGACCCUACUCGGUAUGGGCGUGGUCGCUACAACACUCGCAUGAAGCCUGAUAUCAAACUUCAUGAGUGGCGAAAAGGAUCUCAGUGGUUUGAGAUGAACCGUGCUUUGGCCAUCAUAAUUGUCUCAGAAACCAAAUACUACGCUAUGUUCAAGAAGUAUUGCAGGCCAUCCUGUUAUCCCGAUGAGCACUACAUUCCCACCUAUCUACAACUGCACCACGGGUAUAUGAAUGCUAACCGAAGUGUGACUUACGUUGACUGGUCAUUAGGUGGCCCUCACCCGGCAUCUUACACUGCAGCUAACAUUACCGAAGGCUUCAUACAGUCAAUAAGGAGUAAUGGCACAUCGUGUUCUUACAAUCGUGGGAAGACACAAAUCUGUUAUCUGUUUGCCAGAAAGUUUUUUCCAAGCGCUUUAGAACCAUUAGAGAAACUGUCCUUGAAGGUGAUGGGGUUUUAAAUUUUGUCACAUAGAUAAAAAGGGUUGGUUUUAUCAGUCUUUUCUGAUUUUAUUUAAUGGAGCUUUUGACAUAACUACAGUUUUGGUCAUGUAGUUUUUGUGUGUUUGUUUAUAGAGUACUGAAUAGAAGAUUUGUUGAGAGUGUUGAGCAUA